UGUUAUGGUAACGAAGUGAUUGUUGAUAAUUCCAUAGUAAAUACUGUUAGUUCAAUAUUAUUAAAAUAUUUAUUGAAUAAUUCCAAUAACUGAUCGCAAAAAAACUUAUGUCGUUCCAAAAUAACAUUGAUGAGGAAUUUAAUAAUUUCAUGUGUCGAGCUACAGAAGUUGAAAAGGUAAUAAAAAAAUUAGUUUCAAAUGAUAUCGAAGAGCAGAAUGAGGGAAUGAAAAUUGCUGAUUCAAUUCUUGACGGACGUAAGAAAAAUAAUGAUUUAUUAACUCAAGAUGAUCAAUGUAUUGUUAAAUGUAAUAGAACAAUUAUUAAUAAUAAAAAUUCACUUCAUGAAGAUUCAGAUAACUCGACUAAUCCUGAGAUAUUCAUGAAAAUGGUUGAAAAAGAUGCAAAUCAACGGGCACAAGAUAAAAAAAUAAGAGAUGCAAAAGCUGAUAAUUUUAAAAAGAUUGGCAAUAAUGCUUUCAAUGAAGGUGAUUAUGUAAAAGCCAUUACUUAUUAUGAAAAAGCACUUGAAGAACGAAAAGACUCAGCUCUUAUUUGGAAUAAUUGUGCACUUGCAUACAUGAAACUUGAACUGUAUGACAAAGCUCUUAAUAAUUUUAACUGGGCAUUACGUAUUAAUGAUUCAAAAAAUAUAAAGGCCUUAUUAAAUAGUGCGAAAUGUCAUGCUCUUUUGGGUAAUCGACAAAAAUGUGAUGAGUUUAUCAUUUUAGCUAAAGACAAGUUUCCAAAGUAUUUUAAGUACAUUUCAGAUUUUGAGAAUGAACUGAAAAAUAUUUCUUCUGAUGUUACUCGUAAAUAA